AUGAAGGAUCAUGAGAACAAGAAGAACAGGACAGACCUGUUUGCUAUCAGGGUCAAGAAGAUCCUUACACGAGCGGAGGUGAUCCCCUACGUUCCUCGAGUCACAGACCAGGACUUAGAAGGAAAGAUCACUGCUAGUACCUUUGCCCUGGACCCCCCAAGCUGUAUCUUCGAUUCAUUGGUCAAUGCCACAGACGAAAUCUGGCUGGUUGUUACCUUCACCAAUGUAACCAACAGCUUCAAAAACCCAGCAAAUUCUCAGGAAAUCCCGCCGUAUGAAAACCUGUACAGCAGGUAUGCCUAUAUGACAAUGAAAUCAACCCUUUCCCGGUACCCAUGCAAUAAAGACAAAUCGGGAACUGUGCUGCGGGUUGGCAACGAAUCGUCUUGCAAGAACGACGGCAACCUGAGUCCCUGCAAUGGACCGCUGCCUUCGCCGGGGCCUUAUAGAGUGAAAUUCCUUGCCAUGGACUCCGAUGGUUCCAAGGCAGAGACAAGAUGGUCUGGUCCGAUCACACUGAACAAAGGUACACUUUGGAAAACAGUGGACACGUGGCCUGGACGGCGCAGCGGAGACAUGAUCGUCAUCACCGUUAUCCUCUCCGCCCUCUGUGGGGUUGUCACCAUUGGCUUCCUUAGCACUGUCUGCUAUGAAUGCUUCAAGCUUUGGCGGCAUGGCCCACCGGAGAAUGCUGAAGAACAGCGCCAGGAUCCCUUCCAGCCAAGUCGAUAUGACACCCACCACAUCCCCCCUGCCCCCCCUGUGCCCCCUCCACCCCCAGCGGAUAUGUCUGGUCCUCAGCUCAUCUCUACCUCUUCUUAG